AAUCGAAAGAAUUACCACUACCACCGCCUCUGGAGAAAUAUAAACAAUGAAGAAUUUCCAAUUCGGUUUUCUUUUAUCGUGUUGCACGAAUUAUUAUCUAGAAAAAAUUUAGGCGUUAGCGCGCUAAAAGUGUAAUAAAAACACUAAAUUAAAGGAAUGAAUUACAAGUGUAAAGUGCAUUUGAAAGUGGCAUAAAGAAAGUAUGGGUAAAGAAGUGUCUGCUACUACAAAAUACGCAAAAAUGACGGUAUACGACGAACUGUAUGAGCGCCUCUCAAAGGUCGGUCAGGAGCAUUUGCUUAAAUUCUGGGAUGAGUUGACACUCGAUCAGCAGGAGAUUUUGGUGCGUGAUAUAGACGAACUCAACCUGAAGGAAUUGAAGUUAUAUUUUGAACGCGCCACAGCAUCACUGCAAGAGAAUGGCAUUAAGCUGGAUGAUCGCAUGCAACCAGUGCCCGAGGAGAACCUAGUUAGCAUUGAGCGUACGGCCGAAGAACGUCUCAAGGCUUAUGAAGCAGAGGGUAUGCGUCAGAUCAGCGCGGGACAUGUUGCUGUCUUACUAAUGGCUGGUGGACAAGGCACCCGGUUGGGUUUCGCUCACCCAAAGGGUAUGUACGACGUGGGUCUCCCAUCGAAUAAAUCACUUUUUCGCUUACAAGCCGAACGCAUACAGAAACUGGAGGAAUUGGCUUACGCCGCCACCGGCAGUCGUGGCAACAUCACAUGGUACAUCAUGACAUCGGAGCACACAAUACAACCAACAAAUGAAUACUUCAUGGCCAAUAACUAUUUCGGACUGAAAAGAGAGAAUAUCAUCCUAUUCGAACAGGGUUCAUUGCCAUGUUUCGAUUAUGAUGGUCGCAUUAUAUUGGAUCAAAAGCAUCGUGUUGCACGCGCACCCGACGGUAAUGGUGGAUUGUACCGGGCGCUGAAACAACAAGGCAUUCUGGAUGAUAUUAAAAAACGCGGCAUCUUAUAUUUGCAUGCGCAUAGUGUGGAUAAUAUAUUGAUUAAGGUAGCCGAUCCGGUCUUUAUCGGUUAUUGUGUACAAGAGAAUGCCGACUGUGCAGCCAAGGUGGUGGAGAAAUCACAUCCCAACGAAGCUAUCGGUGUGGUCGCCAUAGUGGAUGGCAAAAAUCAGGUGGUGGAGUAUAGCGAAAUAUCAGCGAAAACCGCUGAAAUGCGCAAUCCCGACGGACGUUUAACCUUUAGCGCCGGCAAUAUAUGCAAUCAUUUCUUUUCGGCAGCUUUCUUGCAUCAAAUUGGUGACACAUAUGAGAAAGAGUUGAAGUUGCACGUUGCCAAAAAGAAGAUACCAUUUGUGGAUAAUUCGGGCAAACGUAUUACGCCAGAAAAGCCCAAUGGCAUCAAAAUUGAAAAAUUCGUAUUCGACGUAUUUGAGUUUGCGCAAAAAUUCGUCGCUAUGGAAGUGCCACGUCACAUCGAGUUUAGCGCGCUGAAGAAUGCCGACAGCGCUGGCAAGGAUUGCCCAGCGACGGCACGCGCAGAUUUAGCGCGUCUACAUAAGCGUUAUAUUGAAGCCGCCGGUGGCAUUGUGCAUGGUGAGGAGUGUGAGAUUUCGCCGUUUAUAAGUUAUGCUGGCGAAAACUUGGCGCCACUAGUGGCAAGCAAAUCUUACACAAGCCCAGUUUACUUGCGUAGCAAUCGCGACCCCUACCAUGGACAUCUGUGACUUGAUUAGAUGUUUUAGAUAUGUGAAUAUGCUGAUAAAUUUAAAUAAGUAGUUGACUGAUGUUAACUGUGUAUGUACAGUUGUAAAAGCAGUUUAUGCUAGAUUUGUAUAGUUUUUGUUAUGAUUU